CGUCCGGACAACCUAUAAAAAUCAACAGCUGGCGGUUGACGAACGACGAGAAUGACGAGAAUUUCUCCCUUCCGUCAGAACAAAUUAAAACCAAGAAACAACGCAAACAGACAAAACCUUGGUCUUUCAUAUAUUUAUACAAAUAUAAAAUGUUAAAAAUUGGAAAUUCUGAUUUGUGACAAGUAAAUUCCUCUUCCAGAUAAGAAUCAUGCUAAUUUUUGCCAAUUUUUAGUUCUUGCUCUUGUUUAAAUUCUUUAUUAACUGCUUCUUCUCUGUUUUCCCCGCUGCUAUUAAUCUGCUCACUUGCUCUGCCUUCUUCUUUCGUUUCCUCUCCAUUUUGGCAAAAUCAGUUCUAAGUUCUACUUAUGACAAUAAUAUUCAGUUCUUUUUAGAGACUACAACUAUGUCUGAGAAAACAACAGCAGAGAACCUUUUAAACAACCUGGUAGAAGCCCUUGCUGACAGUGUUCCGAAUCAGAAAUCUGCAUCCUUCUUUGAGGAAGGGACAAGCUCAGUAACUUCUCAAUUCAACCGGCUGUUUGGACGUGAGAAGCCAGUCCAUCAUCUUCUAGGAGGUGGAAAAUCUGCUGAUGUUCUCCUAUGGAGGAAUAAGAAAAUCUCAGCUAGUGUACUAUCUGGUGCAACAGCGAUCUGGGUGCUUUUUGAGUGGCUUAAUUAUCAUCUUCUGACUCUCAUCUGCCUUGCUGUGGUUCUUGGUAUGCUUGCUCAGUUUGUUUGGACAAAUGCUUCAGGAUUAUUUAGCAGCAACAGGUCCUCAUCUGAGGUCCCCCGCCUUGUGAUACCUGAUGAGGCAUUUGUCAAUGUUGGGAGAUCAAUUGGCAUUGAGGUUAACCAUGCUUUGCAGUUUCUUCAGGAUGUAUCAUGUGGAGGAAGUUUGAAACAAUUUCUGGUGGUUGUAGUGAGCUUGUGGGCUGCUGCUAUCAUUGGGAGCUGGUGCAAUUUUCUGACUGUUUUGUACAUUGGUUUUGUUGCUGCUCACACUUUGCCAGUCCUGUAUGAGAGGUAUGAAGAUCAAGUGGAUGGCUUUGUGUACAAGGUACUUGAACAGCUUCAAGGUCACUACCGAAAGCUGGAUGCUGGUCUCCUGAGUAAGAUCCCCAAAGGAAAACUCAAGGGGAAGAAGCAUGAAUAGAGCUAUGUGGUUAUGUAGUUAAUUGUUAUGACUACCAGCUCGCCGUCAUUGGGAUCAAAUGUAUCUUCUUUUACAAGCAUAGGUAAUCCUCCGAGGUUCAAUAAGAAUUUCAGGCAAUUCUAACGGUGCCCUUUUCAUACUGACAUUAUUGUCUGCCAUAUAUGAUUGAGACUUUUCAGGAUUUAAUGAACACGCUCCACGUUUGUAUAUAGUGGUUAUAAAGUGGAAUUCACCUCUUUACUCCA